UAACGGGGAAUCGGUUUGAUAUCGUGUUCAUAGUUAUCAUAUCAUAUGUUCGUUUGCCAUGGAUAAUAAAGAAAUAACUGAUUCGGAUACAAUAUCGUAUUCAAAUAAAGAUUUGUCGGUCAAUUGUAAUGUAUCCAAAAUUCGAUAUUUUCUUUUAAUUAUAUUUAUAAUUCUAUCGAUGAGCAACUCUUUUCAUUGGGUUAUGUAUGCUAUUGUUGAAAAUAUCGCUGAAGAAUAUUAUCGCACGACUUCAUUUUGGAUCGAUAGUACAUCGACAAUCUACAUGAUUACUUAUGUUAUCUUUAUAAUUCCAGCAACAUAUUUUUUGGAUCGUUUUGGACUACGUAUUUCACUAAUCAUUGGAGCAUCAUGUAAUGCUUUAGGCUCAUUUAUUAAAUGUUUUUCCAUCGAACGUUCGCAAUUUUGGAUAUGCAUGGUUGGCCAAACGAUAUCUGCUUGCGGACAAUUGUUUAUUCUGAAUAUUCCACCUAUGUUAUCGGCUACUUGGUUUGCCGCUAAUGAAGUAAACGUUGCAACGGCCUAUGGUGUUUUCGGAAAUCAAAUAGGAAUAGGAUUUGGCUUCUUGAUUCCACCGUUGUUGAUGCCGAAACUAGGGCCACUAAAUACAACAAAUGUUACAUUAUCGAUGAUGGAACUGAAUCCGGAAUUUUCGGAUGAGAUAAAUAUUAAGAUUCGACAAGCAUUCAUAUGGAUAACACGGCCUAUGGCUAUCAUUUGCUUAAUAAUUUUGAUAUUGAUUAUAAUUGUCUUUAAAGAUAAACCCGAUGUUCCACCAAGUGAUGCUCAAGCAUUGCGAACAAAAUCUGAGAAAGAAUCUUAUAUUGAAUCGAUGCGAGGACUUAUUCAUAGUCGAAAUUUUUGUCUUCUUUUUUUCAGUUAUGGACUAAAUGCAGGCGUUUUUUAUGCAAUCAGUACUGUAUUAGGCGCUAUAGUUGUAAAAACAAUGGGUUCGGAAUAUCAAAGCUAUGCGGGAUAUAUGGGCUCAUUAAUUGUAAUAUCCGGUAUUUUCGGAUCGAUUAUUUGUGGCUACAUUUUGGCAUGGUCAGGCAAAUAUAAAUUGAUUACCGUUAUCACCUAUGUAUUAGCCAUGGUUGGAUUCAUAAUUUUUGCGGUGGCUUUGAAAUUAAAAUCAAUUUUAAUGAUGUUCUUUGUAAGUGUCAUUUUGGGUUUUUUCAUGACUGGUUACUUGCCGAUUGGAUUCGAAUAUGCCGCCGAAGUAACAUAUCCACAAUCAGAGGGUACUUCUGCUGGCCUAUUGAAUGCAUCAGCUCAAAUAUUUGGUAUAAUUUUGACAUACUGCUCUUUAUCCAUGAUUGAUAUCAUCGGACCAUUUUGGGUUAAUAUUGGCUUUGCCAUUAUAUUGGCUAUCGGAGUUGUCUUAACAUUACUAAUCACUAAUGAUCUUCGCAGGCAAGAAACAGCACAAGCAAUGAAAAAGAAAUCUCUGUCAAAUGAGUUAUCAUCUUAAAGAUUGAAUUAAAUCAAAUGUUUUACUCAAAAAAAUCAAAGGAAACUUUCGAGUUUUAAUAAAAUUAAUAAUUUA